AUGUUGCGUAUAUUAAGAAGAAGUAUGAAAAUUAUAAAGCCUUAGGUUUGCAUAAAAUUGAUAUAUUUGGAUAAAACAUUACAUUAAAUAUGAAUCAGGAAGCUUAGUACACAACAGAAUUCGGAGGAAUUUCAUCUUUGUUUAUUAUUGUUGUAGUUAUUUUAUUCUUCUUUUCUAAUAUAUUGGAUUUUUUUGCUAAAACUUAAGUAUUUACAGAUGAUGAAACCUUAAUUUCAAAUGAUCCUUAAAUGCUUGAACUUAAUUCAGAUAAUUAUAUGUUAGCUGUCUCCAUUGAAUAAACAAAUUAUUCUUUGAAUCCUUUCUUUAAUAUUUCAAUUGAGUAAAGGUAACUGAUUUACUUAAUUAAGAUAAUAUGAUAGAGAUAUUAAUGGAGUAUUAAAAAAGACAAUAACAUAUAUUUAACUUUAAGAGUGUAGAUUUGAUUAAUUUGAUAAAGUAUUUUCAAAACACGGAAUUAAUUUUACAGAAUAAUUCAAUACUUUAGGAUUAAAAUAUUGGUUAUGCCCAAAGUAAAAAUAAAAUUAUCUUAGAGAUGAUUUCAAAAUUCUACUGAAAGGAACUUAUUCAAGUGAUCAAUUCUAAUUUAUUAAACUUGUUGUUAAGGAAUGUUAAAAUUCAAAUAUACAAAAUUAAACUUGGAACCCAAUUUGUGCAAAUGAAGAAGUUAAAUAAAAAUAUUUAACUAAAGAAGGAUAAUUUAAAUUAUAAUUAUACUAGACUAAUACAAUAAUUAAUUAAAACAAACCUGAAAAUUACUUAACUUAAUUUCUUGAUAGUGAUAUGUAUUUUACUUUUGUUCCAAAAAAACUAUCUAGAUAGGCUAAUAUUUAUUUUAGAGAAUCUAAAAUUAUUAAUGAUAAUAGUCUUUUACCUUAUAAGUACUAACUAUAUUUAUAAUUAAGGGACUAAACAGAAACAGCAGUUAUUGUGAGAAAAAAUGAGGAUUUUCGUGAUUUGACAGAAUUAGGAAGAGAUACAGAUGAUUAAUAUGCAAUAAUUUAUUUAAGAAGAAGUUAAUUCACUUAAAUAAUAUCUAGAAAGUUUUAAAAAUUAGGUGAAUUGUUGUCUUAUCUUGGAGGUGUAGUAUAAAUAAUGAGAUUGUUAUUUGGGAUAUUCAUAGUGUUUUGCAAUAGAUAAUUAAGUAGAGUAUUUCUUAUCAUUUAGUGUUAAUUGAAUUGUCUAAUAAAUUGUAUGAUUUUAAAGAAAUCAAAUUGAAAAGAGUUGAAUAACCUUCUCCUCCAUAAAUGACAGGGAGUAUGCCAUAAGAUACUGUUAGAUCUAAAUAUAUUGAAGAUUAAUUGAAUUCUCCAGAACCAGAUGCUAUAUUAGAUAUGAAAAAUGAUACAUUCUUAUCUCCUAGUACAACAAAUAUCAAAAGUGCNCACAACAGAAUUCGGAGGAAUUUCAUCUUUGUUUAUUAUUGUUGUAGUUAUUUUAUUCUUCUUUUCUAAUAUAUUGGAUUUUUUUGCUAAAACUUAAGUAUUUACAGAUGAUGAAACCUUAAUUUCAAAUGAUCCUUAAAUGCUUGAACUUAAUUCAGAUAAUUAUAUGUUAGCUGUCUCCAUUGAAUAAACAAAUUAUUCUUUGAAUCCUUUCUUUAAUAUUUCAAUUGAGUAAAGGUAACUGAUUUACUUAAUUAAGAUAAUAUGAUAGAGAUAUUAAUGGAGUAUUAAAAAAGACAAUAACAUAUAUUUAACUUUAAGAGUGUAGAUUUGAUUAAUUUGAUAAAGUAUUUUCAAAACACGGAAUUAAUUUUACAGAAUAAUUCAAUACUUUAGGAUUAAAAUAUUGGUUAUGCCCAAAGUAAAAAUAAAAUUAUCUUAGAGAUGAUUUCAAAAUUCUACUGAAAGGAACUUAUUCAAGUGAUCAAUUCUAAUUUAUUAAACUUGUUGUUAAGGAAUGUUAAAAUUCAAAUAUACAAAAUUAAACUUGGAACCCAAUUUGUGCAAAUGAAGAAGUUAAAUAAAAAUAUUUAACUAAAGAAGGAUAAUUUAAAUUAUAAUUAUACUAGACUAAUACAAUAAUUAAUUAAAACAAACCUGAAAAUUACUUAACUUAAUUUCUUGAUAGUGAUAUGUAUUUUACUUUUGUUCCAAAAAAACUAUCUAGAUAGGCUAAUAUUUAUUUUAGAGAAUCUAAAAUUAUUAAUGAUAAUAGUCUUUUACCUUAUAAGUACUAACUAUAUUUAUAAUUAAGGGACUAAACAGAAACAGCAGUUAUUGUGAGAAAAAAUGAGGAUUUUCGUGAUUUGACAGAAUUAGGAAGAGAUACAGAUGAUUAAUAUGCAAUAAUUUAUUUAAGAAGAAGUUAAUUCACUUAAAUAAUAUCUAGAAAGUUUUAAAAAUUAGGUGAAUUGUUGUCUUAUCUUGGAGGUGUAGUAUAAAUAAUGAGAUUGUUAUUUGGGAUAUUCAUAGUGUUUUGCAAUAGAUAAUUAAGUAGAGUAUUUCUUAUCAUUUAGUGUUAAUUGAAUUGUCUAAUAAAUUGUAUGAUUUUAAAGAAAUCAAAUUGAAAAGAGUUGAAUAACCUUCUCCUCCAUAAAUGACAGGGAGUAUGCCAUAAGAUACUGUUAGAUCUAAAUAUAUUGAAGAUUAAUUGAAUUCUCCAGAACCAGAUGCUAUAUUAGAUAUGAAAAAUGAUACAUUCUUAUCUCCUAGUACAACAAAUAUCAAAAGUGCUAUCGAUAAAAUAUUAUAUGAAUCGAAUCCUAUCAGAUUUUCGUUUAAAUUAUUUCUAAACAAACUUACAUGCGGUUUCAUGUUUAAAGAUAGAAAUGCAAUACUUCUAGAAAAAGCUAUUAAUAGAAUGAAUUAAGAUUUAGAUCUACAUAGUAUUUUAUAUAGAAUUCAAGAAAUAAGUAAAAUUAAGAAAUUACUAUUCAAUGAAUAAUAAAUGAUCUUAUUUAAUUUUACACCAAAACCAUAGAUAUCUGUCCAAAGCAAUAGUAGAGUACCUUCUCGUUUAUUGAUACAUGAUUCAAAAAUAAGUAGAUUAAAAAGAUAAAAUAAUUUAGAGAUUAAAGAACAAGAUUAAAUUUCAUGUAUGCUUAUGAAUGUAAUAUAUAUUUUAAUUAAAUAGGCUUAUGCUUUAGUUAAAGAUGAUAUUCCAGCAGAAUUUUAGAGUGAUUGCUCUUUAAAAAUCAAUCAAAAAUUAAUAGAAUUGAUGAUUCAAGAAACUUAGAAUGCAGAUAAUUCUUUUAAACAUUAAUUAUAGUCACCUAAAAAACCUUUCAUUUCCUUUAAGUUUUAGAUUAAUGAUUAAUAGAAUGAUUAAGAAUAGAUUAAUGAAAAUAAUAAUGAAAACCCAAUCAUUAAUGAAUAACAAUGA